UGGGCGGCCCGGAGCCAGCGCCGGGGAGGCCAGGCGGGGCCGGGCAGGGGACAUGCGACCCCCGAGCCGACCUGCGCGGUUUCUGCAAACACGUGAGUGAGUCUGAUGCCUGCCGCUGCUCCCUGGUGCCCAGUGUGAGAGGAAGGCAUGCCGCACCAGACUUCAGCCUGAGCCCGGCGGCCCCCGCCCCCACCCCCCGCCACGCUGCACUGCCCCAGCUCCCCCGCGGCCCCCACACUGCAGUGCGGUCGGGCCCCCUCCCCGCAGGGGCCGCCCCCGCCACCCACCCCUGGUGCCCGGGGUGGUGGCCCGGCCCGCAGAGCCAUGAAGCUGCAGGCCGUGAUGGAGACGCUCUUACAGAGGCAGCAGCGGGCCCGCCAGGAGCUGGAAGCCCGGCAGCAGCCGACCCCCGACCCCCCCACUGGUCCCCCGGCCCGGGCACGGGCCACCCCCGAUGAGGACAGAGAGCCUGAGAAUGCUCGCAUGCAGCGGGCACAGAUGGCUGCGCUGGCCGCUAUGCGGGCUGCUGCCGCAGGUCUCGGACAUCCACCCAGCCCCGGUGGCUCUGAGGAUGGGCCACCAGGCUCUGAGGACGAGGACACAGCCCGGGAGGGGACACCAGGCUCUCCCACCCUGCCAGGCAGAGGCAGGAAAGGGCCCGGACGCACCGAAGGAGACGGGCACUUUGAGGACGUGGGCUCUGACGAUGACCUGAAGCCAAAAUGGGAAGAGGAGCUGGAGGAAGACCUUGGGGAUGAGGAGGAGGACGAGGAGGAUGAUUAUGAGGACGAGGACGAGGAGGAGGAGGAGGAAGAGGAGGAGGGGCUGGGUCCCCCGGGCCCCGCCAGCCUGGGCUCCACAGCCCUGUUCCCCCGCAAGGCGCAGCCUCCCCAGGCCUUCCGCGGCGAUGGCAUUCCCAGGGCACUGGGUGGCUCGGAGCGGCCGGGACCCAGCCCGGCUCACCCUGGAGGGGCCGCCCAUGUGGCGCCCCAGCUGCAGCCACCUGACCACGGGGACUGGACCUAUGAGGAGCAAUUCAAGCAGCUUUACGAGCUCGACGGGGACCCCAAAAGGAAGGAAUUCCUGGACGACUUGUUCAGCUUCAUGCAGAAGCGAGGGACGCCUGUGAACCGCAUCCCCAUCAUGGCCAAGCAGGUGCUCGACCUGUUCAUGCUGUAUGUGCUGGUGACGGAGAAGGGCGGACUCGUGGAGGUCAUCAACAAGAAGCUGUGGCGUGAGAUCACCAAGGGCCUCAACCUGCCCACGUCCAUCACCAGCGCUGCCUUCACCCUGCGCACCCAAUACAUGAAGUACCUGUACCCCUAUGAGUGUGAGAAGCGAGGUCUCAGUAACCCCAACGAGCUCCAGGCAGCCAUCGACAGUAACCGGCGGGAGGGCCGGCGCCAGAGCUUCGGGGGCUCUCUCUUUGCCUACUCGCCGGGUGGGGCCCAUGGCAUGCUCUCCUCACCCAAGCUGCCUGUGUCUUCCUUGGGCCUGGCCACCAGCACCAACGGCAGCUCCAUCACCCCAGCCCCUAAGAUCAAGAAAGAGGAGGACUCAGCCAUCCCCAUCACAGUCCCUGGCCGCCUGCCCGUCUCCCUGGCCGGCCACCCUGUGGUGGCUGCCCAGGCAGCAGCCGUACAAGCAGUGGCCGCCCAGGCAGCUGCCCUGGAGCAGCUUCGGGAGAAGCUGGAGUCUGGGGAGCCUCCAGAGAAGAAGAUGGCCCUGGUAGCUGAUGAGCAGCAGCGGCUGAUGCAGCGAGCUCUGCAGCAGAACUUCCUGGCCAUGACCGCCCAGCUGCCCAUGAGCAUACGGAUCAACAGCCAAGCCUCUGAGAGCCGCCAGGACUCAGCUGUGAACGUGACCGGCAGCAACGGCAGCAACAGCAUUAGCAUGUCCGUGGAAAUCAACGGCAUCGUGUACACAGGAGUGCUGUUUGCUCAGCCGCCAGCCCCAGCACCAUCCUCAGCUCCCAGCAAAGGCGGUGGCAUUGGUGGCAGCAGCAGUGGCAGCGCGGGUGGCCGGGGAGCAAGCGGCGGGACCGGUGGCAGCGCGGGCAGCCAGGCACCCCCCACAUCUUCUACCUCAAAUAACUCGUUGCCUUAACCACGUCCCUCUCCACCUGCUACCGCCCCUGGGAGCCUGCCGGCCUGGGCAGGGGGUCAAGGCGGGCCACACAGGGGCCAGGACGGCAGAAGAUACGGGUGGGGGGUGACAUCCGCAGAGGAGCCACAGCUGAAGCCAAAAAGAAAAGAAAAUAUAUAUACACAUACAGAGAGAGAGAAAAUUUAAUAAAACAGGGGAAACCAAGGAACACUUGAAUUUCUCAGGUUUCGGACAUUCAGAGAUGGAUUGUGAGAAGAGCCAAGAAGAACAGAAGACAGAGGGGCGGACGUCGCCUGGGGGCCCCGCAGCCCUGGGGACGGGCAGGCUCUGGUGUCCCGGUCGGACCAGCUGCCAUGAGAGGCCAAUGCUGUUUACCUCGUACAUCCCCGCACUGUGUGUUUCCAUGUUUGUCAGGUUUUUAUUAUUUUUCUUCUGUUUUCUAUUCAUCACACCCACCACACCUAAGCUCCUUGUGUUGAGUGAAACCCCUGAGCCAAGAUCGCUGAGCUCUCACUCUUGUUGCUUUGGGAAAAUUUUUUUUUUUUCAAACUAGUGUUUUUAAGAGGGUUCGGGGAGGGUUGUUUUGUAAAUAUUCUAUUUUAUUCUCGGGGAAGGUAGGGAAUCAAACCUUAGGAAAAGGAUAUCUAUAUAUCUAUAUAUCUAUAUAUUUGUGUUCAUUCAGGGAAGCUGGACUUGAAAAAGCAAAAAAAAAAUCAAGAAACAAAGAAGUAAUAACCUUUUUAUUUUUCCCAUGACUGAUCUGGGUCGCUUUGUGCGUUUCCUGUGGUGCGUCGGGCGCUGGCGAGCCCAGGACACUGGACCCCUGGGGCUAGAGCC